GCCCCCUCCGCAGCCAUGGCCGAGCACGCCGCCCGCCGCUGCUGCCUCGGCUGGGACUUUAGCACGCAGCAGGUGAAAGUUGUUGCUGUUGACGCAGAGCUGAAUGUGUUCUAUGAGGACAGUGCGCAUUUUGACAGAGACCUUCUAGAAUUCGGGACUCAGGGUGGAGUUCACGUUCACGAGGAUGGGCUGACAGUGACAUCUCCAGUCCUGAUGUGGGUCCGGGCUUUGGACAUCAUCUUGGAGAGGAUGAAGGCCUCGGGCUUUGACUUCUCUCAAGUCCUCGCCCUGUCUGGGGCCGGCCAGCAACAUGGAAGUGUAUACUGGAAGGCUGGGGCCAGCCAGGUGCUGAGAAGCCUGUCGCCAGACCUCCCGUUACAUAAGCAGCUGCAGGCCUGUUUCUCCAUCAGCGACAGCCCGGUGUGGAUGGACUCCAGCACCACAGACCAGUGUCGCCAGCUGGAGGCCGCGGUGGGCGGCGCUCAGGCUCUCAGCUGCCUCACAGGCUCCCGGGCCUACGAGCGAUUUACGGGAAACCAGAUCGCAAAGAUUUACCAGCAGAACCCCGAGGCCUACUCACACACGGAGAGAAUUUCUUUGGUCAGUAGCUUUGCUGCCUCCCUGUUCCUUGGGUCUUACUCUCCUAUCGACUGCAGUGAUGGUUCUGGAAUGAAUUUGUUGCAGAUCAAGGACAAAGUCUGGUCACGGGUCUGCCUUGCUGCCUGUGCUCCUCAUUUAGAGGAGAAGCUUGGCUCACCGGUACCGUCCUGCUCCGUUGUGGGAGCCAUUUCUUCCUACUACGUCCAGCGCUAUGGAUUUCCUCCAGGAUGCCAAGUGGUGGCCUUUACUGGGGACAACCCUGCGUCGCUGGCAGGCAUGAGGCUGGAAGAAGGUGACAUUGCGGUCAGCCUGGGCACCAGCGACACCCUAUUUCUCUGGCUCCAGGAGCCCAUGCCCGCCCUGGAAGGGCACAUCUUCUGCAACCCCAUUGGCUCCCAGCACUACAUGGCACUCCUCUGCUUUAAAAAUGGCUCCCUCAUGAGAGAGAAGAUCCGUGAUGAGUCAGCUUCCUGUUCCUGGAGUGAGUUCUCUGAGGCACUGCGGUCCACGGAGAUGGGGAACGGCGGGAACCUGGGUUUUUAUUUUGAUGUAAUGGAGAUCACCCCUGAAAUUAUUGGGCGCCAUAGGUUUAGUGCAGAAAACCACAAGGUCCCAGCAUUCCCCAGGGAUGUGGAGAUCCGAGCACUGAUUGAAGGGCAGUUCAUGGCCAAGAGGAUUCAUGCCGAGGGCUUGGGCUACCGAGUCAUGCCCAAGACAAAGAUUUUGGCCACUGGAGGGGCAUCUCACAACAGAGACAUCUUACAGGUACUUGCGGAUGUGUUUGGCGCCCCAGUGUAUGUCAUAGACACUGCCAACUCUGCCUGUGUGGGCUCUGCGUACCGAGCUUUCCAUGGCCUUGCAGCUGGAACAGACGUGCCCUUUUCAGAGGUUGUGAAGUUAGCCCCACCUCCCAGAUUAGCUGCUACCCCAACCCCAGGAGCUUCUCAGGUCUACGAGGCCCUCCUUCCUCGAUACGCCAAGCUUGAGCAGAGAAUCCUGUCGCAGACCCAGGGGCCUCCUGAGAGAAUUCCUCAGGCCCAGGCACCCCUGUUAACCCUGCCUGCUCAGACUCACUGAUCCCGCCUCGAGACGUGCUCCUGGACAGCAGGGAUCCUCCUCCUUGUUCUAAGUGACUGUGCCUGCCCACCUCGCACUGCUCCAGUCCUGCCUGGGACCACCUAAACCCAGGGGACUUUUAUGUACAGGGACUUAAAUCAGCAGAACGGGGGAAACAAAGCCAUCCCUCAUCCCUUGACCCCAGCACCCCCUUCUCCAACUCGUACUCUUUGGCAACUCCUCCCCAAACUGCAACCCACAGCCACCCCCGCCCCAUACCGUGACCCCGCUAUCCCAUUUCACCACCCCCCCAACCCUGACUCCCUUCUUUCAGUGUCUGAAUGGCCUCCUAGUUUCUUCCUUUCUUGUCUUCCCCAUGCUCACUCCUCCUUCAAGGUUUCUCCCUUCUGUCCUUCCAGCAUCUGCCCCUCAUCCUACGUGAUCUCUUCUUCCUCCCCAUGCCCACCUGCUGAAACUCACUACCUCCCACCCAAAGAGUUUGACACACCUGAUGACCGUGCUUCCUGUCCCCUCCCAUCGGCUCUCCCCACCGGUUGCCUGACUCCCUGGCACACCAGACCACUUGGAGGGCCCCUCUCCCAGGUAGUACAGGGUAGCACCUCCCUCCCUCCGUCCCUUCCUUCAGGGAGAAUUUCUCAAAUUCUAGAUUUUUUGAUUCUAUUUCUGUAGUGUCGUUUGACACGUUCUCUGUCUUCUAUAUUUCCUGAAGAUUGGUGGUUGGAUCCAAUAGAGAGUUCCUCACCCUCAGUACUAUUGACAUUUGGGACUGGAUAAGUUUUGGUUGUGGGGGGCAGCAGUAUCCCUGGCGUCUACCCGCCAGAUUCCAGUGUCACCCUCUCCCCGAGCCGUGACAAUCCAAAAUGUCUCCAGACGUGGCCAGAUACCUCCCGGUGGGGAUGGGGAGGCCAAAUUGCCCCUCGUUCAUAACCACUGACUUAAGAGACUCGAUCAGACACGAUGCAAUUUUCCUUUUUGUGUCAGACAACCAAGACGGUGUUCUUCCAUCAGGAGGCACGUAAUGCCUGGUUUUCUCUCACUGUCGUGAUGUUCAUCCCCAGCCCCAUCAGCUCACUAGGGAUCAGCUCACUAGUUUUGGUAGUCCUCUUCAUUUAUGACCUGGCAUUCUUCUAUGUGAGACAUUCCCCAUCCAGGUGCCCAGUGGUGGUGUUUAUAUAGGAGAGGCCGAAUAAAUAGAUUCUUCCCGGUAUUCACUAGUGUUCAAAAUAAUGGGUUAGUCCCCAGGCAUCCUCUAACAGCAGCUAGGUAUUUUUUUCAGUGUCAAUCUGAUGCAUUUAGCGUAUUUUAUGUGUCUUAAUCCAUUGGGGUACUUAUUUCUGUCCUUGCCUUCUGUUGUUAGCCAUUCUCUCCAGCUCUUCUGUUUUCCUGACGUUUCAUUCCUUCUUUCCUUACUGAUACUUCUGCUCUGUUUACCCCUUAAUUCCUGCCGGGCCCCAAAUCUCUGUCCUCAUCCUUCUUUCUCACCCAUUCUGUCCUGUGGUUAGAUGAUUUCAUCUAUUCUUGGGUUUCAACCACCGUUUCCAUACCAGCAACAUCCAGAUCUAUGUUUCCAUCCAGAACUCUCCUUGGAGUCUACCAGCAUUCUCACAGGGGUACUUCAGACUCCACUUGUCUUCCCUUGCCCUUCCCCCAACCUCCUCCUGUCAUGUUGCUGUUUCAGUGAACUGGAAUCACCAUGCAUCCAUGCAUUCAGGAACCCAACCCCCAAAUGCAGAUAUCCUCUCUCUUUCCCACAUCAGAUGAGUCACCAGGUGAGUUUGGUUAUUCCUCUGGUAACUCCUAAAGCAGUUCCUUUCUCUCCAUCCCCCCUGUUUUACCUUGGACCCCUUUAUACCUUGCUCAAAUUAUGACAAAAGCCUACAUAGAAAAUCCUCUGUGAUCUGCUUCUACAGAAUCCCCCAGAGAUUACCUCUGCUGCAGGCCCUCACCUAAAUUGGGACUUCAGUGAAACCAGGCUCCUUGUGGUCUCACCCAGAGUGGAAAAAUGCUGCAGAGCAGGUCUGAGACCCGGUGGGUUAGAGCAGUGGAUGGGGGGGAGUCAAAAGGAAGAGGUUUGCAAAAUGAAUGGGGCCAGCAGCAUUUCUGAGAGAGAUGAAGUCAUCUCGAAAGGAAGUGGUGUCCUUAGCAGGCUUGGUGGAUGAGAGGAAGAAGAAAGCAGAAAGCUGAGGGUUGACAGCCUGUCAACAGCAAGUCGAUUCAGAGGAAAACGGGCAACUUCCCCACUCCUGCUACCUAGACUUGACUUAUUAAAGAAAUUUUACAACAUUGA